AUGCGUAAAACCAAAUUAAAGUUCGGAAAGUCCGCAGCAAAGGAUGAUGUCAGCAACCCUAUAAUUCUAGAAAUCUUUGUCCAUCCAUGUACACACAGUACUUGCCAAAAGGGAUCUGAAUGUCACGUGAAGAACAACGGAAUUGCUGUUUGCAUUAAUACAGAAUGCGCAGACAGCCCAUCCGUAGCGAACUCUACAAGUUUGUCACAGGAGCGGACAGUCGGAAUAACAGUCGACAUUAUCUGUGAUGCUGGACUCCUACUUAACGGUAAUCCACACAGGACAUGUCACGGUAAUGGACAGUGGACAGCCAACACCAUGUGUUUUGAGUGUACAGGCAUCAACCACUAUACUACCUACAACCGAGCUCAAGAUCAUUGUGAGUCAACAGGUAGAACAUUGCUGCAGUUAGAAAAUAUUCUUACACUUUUGCCACAACUCCUUAGUUUUACAAAAGCGAGGUGUGUGACGUGUCCUGGUGAUCUUGUGGCUGACCAACUAAUACGUUACGUGGAAGACGACUGCUUGACUAACACUAGUUAUACAAAUUGGUCAUCUUGCACCUGUUACUUUACCACGGCUGUCCCAGGUAAGAAGAUCAGGAUGCAGGCGGUGUUCCUAGACCUAGAAGAGGACAUGGACUAUUUGUGGAUAUUUGACGGAAGAGACGCGACCUUCCCGAUCCUCGGAUCUUACACUGGGGACACGACGUUUACGCUCGUCACCAAUGGAAGCGAGGCCUUUAUAUCUUUUACGACCGACGACUUCGUCACAGGUGCUGGUUUCCGGCUGUCCUAUUCGAUGGUUCAGUCCGAUAUUCCUAGUAGCAUGCCCACAUCUCUAUCAACACCAGACGAAUAUUUUUAUGUCUGGAUGGACGGAUAUGUCGAUGUUACAAGCAAGGAGUUUAUAACGCCAAACGGCACAGUCUUCGACUUGAGCGAGUGGAGUCUUCAGGAAACACAUACACGCAUGUGUUAUGACCCGGUUUUCGAUUAUGCUGAUGCAUUUAGCGACACCGAUUACUGUCACACAUACUGUGAGUCCCCGUGA